ACUAAAACGUCAGUUCACUUGACGCAGAUGUCAGUUCGCGUGACGCUGUGAAGUGAAACUUGCUGCUUGUCAUUUUACUUUAUGGAAACUUCCAGAGGAGCUGUGGCUUCUAGGUGUACUUCUCUCAGCUAUCUGUGACAGAACGCAGCGUUUUUAGUUCCACGAUGUCCGGGCACGGCCACGGCCACGGUCAUGGACACGGCUGCGGGUGCGAGGGUGAGCACGAGCCCGCGGAGAGGGGCCUGGAGUACGGACUGUAUCAGCGCAUCGACCUGGAGAAGGUGCAGUGUCUGAACGAGAGCAGGGACGGAGACGGGAAGCUGGUGUUCAAACCGUGGGAUCAGCGAAACGAGCGGGACAAGUAUGUCGAGAGCGAUGCAGAUGAAGAGCUACUGUUCAACAUCCCUUUCACAGGCAGCGUGAAGCUGAAAGGCAUCAUCAUCUCUGGAGAAGACGACGACUCUCAUCCAGCUGAGAUACGACUGUACAAAAACAUCCCUCAAAUGUCAUUUGAUGACACCGGCAGAGAACCUGAGCAAGCCUUCAGACUGAACAGAGACCCUGUCGCUGAGCUGGAAUACCCAACAAAGAUCGCUCGUUUUUCCAGUGUUCAGCACCUCUCCAUCCACAUCUCAAAGAACUUUGGAGCAGAGAACACCAGGGUUUACUACAUUGGUCUGAGGGGAGAAUACACAGAGGCUCACAGACACGAAGUGACGAUCUGUAACUAUGAGGCGGCGGCAAACCCUGCAGAUCACAAACUGGAGAACAUCAUCCCGCAAACCAACUUUAUUUCCUGAAAGCUGCAGAGGGCUGGAAGAAAGAAGAGGAGGAGAGGUUUUACUGGUGCCGCUGAGUGUCACUGACGCAUGUCAGAAAGUCAAAGAUGAGUUCAACGCUGCGUGCUGGCAGGUUGGUCGAGCUCGACCAGGACUGAGCACUGAAAUCUGAGGCCCUCUGGGCUUCAGAUAUGUAGAAGUGCCAAGUUGGUGCUUCGUUUUCUAUGGCAAUAAAGAGUGAAGGCUUUGUGUGGGCAAAAAGCUUAAUAAUAAAUGCAUGAAACAUUUGA